UAAAAACAGAAGCACCUCCAUCAUAUCAGAGGCGGACGGUGUUUAUGGACCGUAUCAGAUUUGUAAUAAAAAACAAUAUCAGCUCAAUAUCACGAUCUACUCCCACUAUAACAGGCAUGAAAAGUGUCCAGAUUCGUUUUCUUAUCUCCCAUCAUCCUCUCCUCCUCACCCUCUCUCCCUCUCCUCAUAUUUACUGAAAGGCGACUCCCACCCUUCCCCUCCUCCCUCACUGACACUUACUCUCAUAUUUGUAUUUCCUACCCCUGCGCACUUCACACUUUGACAUUCACCCAUUUCAACCACUCUCCUUCAAAGACGCCACUUCUGACUCUACUAAUUACCUUAAAUACCAAACACACACAUGCACACGCACGUGAAAAACACACACUACUGUGUGUGUGUGUUUUUUUGGCCAAUGGUUUUCCAAUGAAGCGUUUCUUUGGGCUGGUGUUGGAGCGACUGGUGUUUGUGUCUAAGAACCUCAAACUGAGUCAAUGCAGAAAACAGAAGAAGGAGCAGCUCAGAACCAGGACAACCAAACCACUGGUGAUUCUGACGGUUUACCUCAAUGACACCCAGCAGAUGCUAACUGAGGUCCCAGUUACUCCGGCAACCAGAGUGAUUGAUGUUGUAGAAUACUGCAAAGAAGCCGGCGAGGGGGAGUGUCACUUAGCUGAAGUAUGGAAUGGGCAUGAGCGCGUUCUCCCUCAGGAGGUGUUAUUGUUGGAUCUCCUCCAGCAGUGGGGAGCCAGGAGGCCGGAGGUCAGCUUCUACCUCAGACACUGCCCCUCCUGGACACAAGGAAGUCUGCAGCCUUUGGAGCAGAGCUGGACCACAGAAGCAACAGAGAGUGCUAAUGACAGGGUUCCCCGUGUGGAGCUGACCCUCUCUGAGCUCCAGGAAAUGGCCACUAGACAACAGCAACAAAUAGAGGCUCAGCAACAGAUGUUGGUCGCCAAGGAGCAGAGACUGAGGUAUCUUCACCAAGGAGGCAGAUCUAACCAGGGACAGACGCAGUCUGAAGCUGAGAAGCUGCAGCGGCUGAAGGAGCGAGUGGAGACUCAGGAAGCCAAGCUGAAGAAGAUCCGAGCCAUGAGAGGACAGGUCGACUACAGCAAACUGAUCAACGGAAACCUCUCUGCAGAGAUUGACCAUGUCAGCAGCCUGUUCCAGGAGAAGCAGGCAGAACUGCAGUCUGCGGUGGUCAGAGUCGACCAGUUGACCCAGCAGCUGGAGGAUUUGAGGAGAGGACGCCUUCAGCUACACCCUGUUGCACCAGCUCAGGUGGCACACACUGGGUCUCAGGGGGCACCCACUGGCCAGAAAGGAUCACCCCUGUCUGGUCCUGCAGCCCUGGAACUGAGGAAACUCUACCAGGAACUGCAGGCUCGUAACCGUCAUAACCUGGAGCAGAGCAGCAAGUUGGCUCAAAGCAAGGAGCUGCUGAACAAGAGGAACACCCAGGUGACGGUGAUGGAUCAACGCAUCGGAGACCUGAGAGAACGACUGCAUAAGAAGAGAGCAGAAUUGAGUCGUAUGAAUGGAGCAGGCCUGUCCUCGCCUCAGACCUCUUCCCACCCAGGAGGUGGAGUUUCAGGGCGAGUAGCGGCUGUCUGCCCUUACAUCCAGGUUCCAGCAGAGGGGAGACAGGAGGCGGUGUACCCCCUGCCAGUUGACCCCCCGCCCAAACCCACCCCGCUGAGCCACAUCCGCUCCCUCUCAGAGGAGGACAGGAGUGGCAUCAGGAAGCCUCCUAGCCAAUGGAAAGUGUCAGAUUUAGACAUCGUCCUGUCAGAGCCCACUGAGACGUGGGAGGGACCUCGGUCACCUCAGGGGGGCGACAGUAACAACACUAAUGAAGCGUCGUGGCCUAGCAUCAGUAAGAGUGUGUCAGAUUGGAGGACCAACAGUCCGGAACAGCUUCCCUCUGGUUAUGGUACCUACCCCAGCGCCACCCACCAGGCGGCAGGCCAUCACAAUGCUACCAGCUCCCUGCCCCGUUCUGCCCCUGGUACGCUGGGCUGGCCCCGAUCCACUGCUGCAAAUACCACCUCAUCCUCCUCUUUAUCAUCUUCCUCUUCACAACAAAUACAGCAACGGAUCUCCAUCCCUCCAAAUUCAAGCCAAGGCUCCGCCUCCCAGCCAUCCCCCUUGUCCCCGCAAACAGAGCGAACAGAUCCCCCUCCAGCGGUGGCUGUGCGUCCCUACGUUCCGGACCACCCCUCCAGGCCCCAGUCCCCCAGGAAGGGCCCCGCCACUAUGAACAGCAGCUCCAUCUACAGCAUGUAUCUCCAGCAGCCUCAGGCCAAAAACUAUGGAUCUCUUAGCAACAGGACUACUGUCAAAGCAGUCUAUGGUAAACCCAUCCUCCCCACCUCCUCCACUUCUCCAUCCCCUGUCCCUUUUCUCCAGGGAGGAGGAGGAGGAGGAGGAGGAGGAGGAGGAGUAAGAGCAGGAGGAGAAGAUGUUACAGAUAAAGAAGGAGUGAAAGGAGGAGGUGAGAGCAGUGAUGGGCAAAUCCUCCCACCUCCCACUGUUGACAACAUCCCUCGUCCUCUUAGUCCCACUAAGCUCACCCCAGUCGCCCACUCCCAGCUACGUUACCAGAGUGAUGCCGACCUGGAGGUUCUCCGCCGACGUCUCAGCAACGCACCACGACCCCUGAAAAAACGGAGCUCAAUCACAGAGCCUGAGGGCCCACAGGGGCCAAACAUCCAAAAACUGCUGUACCAGAGGUUCAACACGUUGGCGGGAAGCAUGGAAGGAGGCUCAGGCAAUACUUUCUACCAGCCUGACUGCCUUUUGGGUGAAAUGGACAACAUCCAUUCAGCAAAUGGGAAUGCAGAACCUGGUGACAAGCACGUCAGUAUGGCAGCCGUGGAAGGCGAAGUUCAAAACCUGAACUCGGGCGCCCGCCGAUUGUCCCCUCCUUCUGGUGACGUAGAAACACCUAAAGAGACGACAGCAAAAGCAGAAACUACCAAUAACGUGUCUCCAGCGACCCGAACCAGCCCACCCCCUGCACCUGAUAGGCCAGAGGACCAGAACAAUAACAACCAGAGAGGAUCUAGUCCUGCACACAACUCUGUAGGCCACGCCUCCCCUUCACCGUCACCUCCCGCCCCCCCUUCACUGCCUAAGGUGAAGCGGACCAACCUGAAGAAGCCGUCAUCAGAGCGAACAGGCCACGGUCUGAGAGUGAAGUUUAACCCUCUAGCUCUGCUGCUGGACGCAUCAUUAGAGGGAGAGUUUGAUCUGGUGCAGAGGAUUAUAUAUGAGGUGGAAAAUCCCAGUAUGCCUAACGAUGAAGGCAUAACUCCUCUUCAUAACGCUGUCUGCGCCGGCCAUCACCAUAUUGUGAAGUUCCUGCUGGACUUUGGAGUCAAUGUAAAUGCAGCCGACAGUGACGGAUGGACUCCUCUGCACUGUGCAGCUUCAUGUAACAGCGUCCACCUCUGUAAGAUGCUGGUGGAGUCGGGGGCCGCCAUUUUCGCCACGACAAUUAGCGACGUGGAAACUGCGGCAGACAAAUGUGAAGAAAUGGAGGAGGGCUAUACACAGUGUUCUCAGUUCCUCUACGGUGUCCAAGAAAAGUUGGGUGUGAUGAACAAAGGCUUGGUCUACACCCUCUGGGAAUACACGGCCCAGCAAGCCGAUGAGCUGUCCUUCAGCGAGGGCGACGCCCUCACCGUGCUGCGUCGGCGCGACGACACUGAGACCGAGUGGUGGUGGGCACGGCUUAACGACCGCGAGGGAUAUAUACCCAGAAACCUACUGGGGCUGUAUCCAAGAAUCAAACCCAGACAACGCUCGCUGGCAUAAAGCCCAGAUCAGGAGCCACGUGCACGCUCGCAGAGGGCGCAUGAGACACAGAGAAGAAGAGGCAGCAGCAGCAUGUGGGCGGAAGCAAUAGCCGAGAAAGAGACAAACAAAUGAUGGAGGUAGUCAGGAGGCAGAAAGAAGGAAACAAAGACGGAGCUCGCGACUCUGCUGAAGCAAGCUUUUCUUUUCUUUUUUUCGUUUGUUUGGAUGUGAUGCUGGAACCACAGAGCCACUUUAUGGUAGAAUCUUUCUAUAUUUUCACUGAGUUGCUGCAAUUAAAAAAAAAAAAAUGGACUGAAUCUUAUUUUGAGCAACAGUAGCUUGGCAACUUCACACCAGUUCAGCUGCAUGAGAGAAGCUGAAUAGAAGCAAAAAUAAGAAAUAUGAUUUGGAUGAAGUGUUGAGUUCUUUCAGCUCAGAACAUGAAAACAUGGGCUUGGAUUUAUAGUGCCCUAUCUGACAUUCAUCCAAAUAAUCUUGAUCUUUGAAUGCCACUUUAUUUUUGUAUGGUGUUAAUAAAAAAAAAUUUACAGGCUAGAGCAGGUAAAAGUAUGUGUGAGAUGUGAAGUUGGGAGAGAGGGAAGUGUGAGGAGAGAACAUAUAGUGUACCUAUGAAGGUGUGUUAAAAGAGAGACAGGUUUUUGUCAGGUUUUAGAUGGAGCAGCUAUUAGCAGUGUCAGCCAGGAAUAACGUUGGAAGUGCAACCACAAGACUAAAGAAACAGAAUCCAGCAAGCUUUUGAUGCAUGGUGGCUGUGGUCCACAUCAACACACAUGCGCAACAGAUGUUGAAAAUAUAAUAUUAUGGCAUGGUAAAAAAAAAAAAGAACUGAUAUCAGAAGAAUAUUUUGAUUCUGAUUUCACAAAAUGAUAAAAGAAGCAUCUGUGAAUAAUUACAGAUGCCUCAGCCUUUUACUAUUCUGUAUUUAUGUUGACUCAGCACUGGUGCAUGCUGUCAUAUCAACAUCUGUUCAACUGCAAAAUGGUUGCUGCUGGUAAGACAGGAGAACAGAAGGAAAACAAGAAGGUGAGAAAUGUGUUUGUAAAAAAACAAACAAAGCAGCUACAAUGUAGAAGGAUGAAGGAGGAGGAGGAGGAGGAGGAGGAGGAAUUAAAGUGACAACAUUUUCCACAUUUUGAAUAAAAUUUCUGCCACACAUUAACACCUAGUCCAGACUAGGGCCUGACACAUAUUGGUCCUCAUACUGGGGCAAUACUGAUACAGGCUCUAACACUAACAAUAUGACUUUAACAAUAUGAUAUGAUGUUUCCCAUCUACCAGAAGCUCAGUGGCACAUUUUUAGGAAACUUGAGUUUAGAAGGUAGAAAAUAUAAGUUUAUACAUAUUCCAUGGGCUAAUUGCUGGAGUGUUAAAAUGGGGCUACAUUAGCUAAUGGGGAAUGGAGAAAUUAAAGUGUGAAAACAACUUGACUUUCUCACAAGUUUUUUUUCUUCAUAUUUACAUAUUUCAGUAGUUGUUAUAUGACAUUUAUUAUUCCCCCGAUUUAUUGUUUUAUUUAAACAAUUGUUUUUCUAUUGUUCUUAUUAUUGUUAUUAUUAUUAGACACACUGCUCUUGUUUCUUUAUCUGUCAGUGCUGGCGCAGCUCACUGCUGCCGCCCAGUGUACAGAAAUGUUCUGACAUUUCUUUGAACAUGCUGUGUAAAAUAUGAGGCAAUAAGUUGAGGGAUGUUUGACGUGAGAAUGGCACAUUGGUGUGAGGAGUGCGAACCAUUACUUUGUGUAUAUGCAACCUGUAACUACACAGCUAAUGUACAAUGAUAAUAAAGACGUUAUAAUCCCUAAAGAACAA